AUGGAAAGGAAUGAAAAUAGACAAAAAGAGAACCCAAAAACUGAUAUACAAAGAAACAAGAAACCUUUAGCUAAAGAUACAAGAAACAGUAUGCAAAACAAAAACAAGACAUCAAACAAAGAAAACUCUAAUCAGAUGGCACUACUUCAAAAAAUCUUAGAAAGACUUGAUAUUCUUGAAGAAAAGCAAACUCAUAACUGA